AUGGUCGCGCCGGGCGCCGCUCUGAGUGACCUUUCACCCGCGCCCAGCGGUCCCGGGCGGCGGCGGCACUAGGCGGCAAGGCAGCACAAGGCGGAAGCCAUGGCGGAGGCGGCGGCGGCGGCGGCGGCUGCAGGCGGGACGGGCGCGGGCGCGGGCGCGGGCUGCGGAUGCGCGGCGGCCCAGGAUCUGGAGCCCGAGCGGGCCCGCGCCGGGCGGAGGCUGCGGGUGCUGUCGGGCCAUCUGCUGGGCCGGCCUCAGGAGGCUCCGAGCGCGCAGGAGUGCAAAGCGCGCAGAGCCGCCUCGGCGGCCGCCCCGGACCCUCCCGCCCCCGCCGCCGCGCACGAGUCGGGCACCAUCCCCAAGAAGCGGCAAGAAGUUAUGAAAUGGAAUGGAUGGGGAUACAAUGAUUCUAAAUUUAUCAUAAAUAAGAAAGGCCACAUUGAGUUGACUGGCAAAAGGUAUCCUCUUAGUGGCAUGGUUUUACCAGCCUUUAGAGAUUGGAUCCAAAAUACCCUUGGAGUAAGUUUGGAACAUAAAACUACCUCUAAAGCAUCCUUAAAUCCUAGUGAUACACCUCCUUCUAUUGUAAAUGAAGAUUUUCUUCAUGACCUUAAAGAAACCAAUAUUUCAUAUUCACAAGAAGCAGAUGAUAGAGUAUUUAGAGCUCAUGGUCAUUGUCUUCAUGAGAUAUUUUUGCUCAGAGAAGGAAUGUUUCAGCGAAUUCCUGAUAUAGUUUUAUGGCCAACAUGUCACGAUGAUGUAGUUAAGAUUGUGAAUCUAGCAUGCAAAUAUAACCUUUGUAUCAUACCAAUCGGUGGAGGAACAAGUGUUUCGAAUGGUCUGAUGUGUCCUGCAGAUGAGCCAAGAACAAUUAUUUCUUUGGACACCUCACAAAUGAAUCGAAUCUUAUGGGUUGAUGAAAACAAUUUGACAGCUCAUGUGGAGGCUGGCAUAACAGGACAGGAGUUGGAAAGACAGCUUAAAGAAAGAGGGUAUUGUACAGGUCAUGAACCAGAUUCUCUGGAAUUCAGCACUCUUGGAGGAUGGGUAUCUACGCGUGCAUCAGGCAUGAAGAAAAAUAUCUAUGGCAAUAUUGAAGACCUGGUGGUUCAUAUAAAAAUGGUAACACCUAGAGGAGUAAUAGAAAAAAGCUGUCAAGGACCUCGGAUGUCAACAGGCCCUGAUAUCCACCACUUCAUCAUGGGAUCUGAAGGAACUCUUGGUGUGAUAACAGAAGCUACAAUAAAAAUCAGACCAGUCCCUGAAUACCAAAAGUAUGGCUCAGUAGCUUUCCCUAAUUUUGAACAAGGAGUAGCCUGUUUAAGAGAAAUUGCAAAACAGAGAUGUGCUCCUGCAUCAAUUCGUCUCAUGGACAAUGAGCAGUUUCAUUUUGGUCAUGCUCUUAAACCUCAGGUUUCUUCUAUUUUUACAUCAUUUUUGGAUGGAUUAAAAAAAUUUUAUAUUACAAAGUUUAAAGGAUUUGAUCCAAAUCAACUAAGUGUUGCUACAUUACUGUUUGAGGGGGACCGUGAGAAGGUUCUUCAACAUGAAAAGCAAGUGUAUGACAUUGCUGCAAAAUUUGGUGGAUUGGCAGCUGGAGAAGAUAAUGGGCAGCGAGGUUAUUUGUUGACUUACGUUAUUGCAUACAUUCGAGAUUUGGCAUUGGAAUUCUAUAUAUUAGGAGAAUCUUUUGAGACGUCUGCUCCUUGGGACAGGGUUGUAAAUCUCUGUAGAAAUGUAAAGGAAAGAAUAAUACGGGAAUGCAAAGAGAAAGGUGUUCAAUUUGCUCCUCUUUCUACGUGCAGGGUGACACAGACUUAUGAUGCUGGUGCAUGUAUCUACUUCUACUUUGCCUUUAACUACAGGGGAAUAAGUGAUCCACUGACUGUGUUUGAACAAACUGAGGCUGCAGCUAGAGAUGAAAUCCUUGCUAAUGGAGGGAGCCUGUCACACCAUCAUGGAGUGGGCAAGUUACGGAAGCAGUGGCUCAAGGAAAGUAUCUCUGAUGUCGGCUUUGGGAUGCUGAAGUCUGUCAAGGAAUAUGUGGACCCCAAUAACAUCUUUGGAAACAGAAACCUUUUAUAAAUCCAUUACUAUUGUUAUGAAAAGUCACUUUUUUAUUCAACUAUGAUUAUACCAGUAAUCAAAUAUAUCAUGGACUAUAUUUCAGACACAUUUGUUUAUUGGUUUUAAAAAAAGUUUGUUUCAUUCUGUACUUUGUUCUGUUUCUACAUCUACUACGGUCUUGUCAGACGAAAUACCUAAAUCUCUCUCAUCUUAGGUGCGUAAGUUUACAGCCACCUGGUCAUCAUUUUAGAUUUCAGUCAAGACAGCGCAGGGCUGCCAGUGGUCUAGAGGACAGUACUGUCAGCUGUUCUGUAUCGAUGCUUCCUCUUGCAAGGGAGGGAAAGGCAGGUUUUGGUUUCAUUUUUUACUUAUCUUGCCUCUUUUCUAAAAGAACAUUUUUAGAAGGCAGUUACCUAAGGAAGGAUUCUACUGAGGAGUGUUUUCUUGUGCGUAGGCCCUGAAGGAGGAAACUCACCAAAGAGUGUGGGCAGCCUGUUUCCUAGGAUGCUCCAGUGCUGUCAGGUGCUUGGCCUACAGUUUUCUUGGAAAUCAACAUACUGUUAAAAAGCCUGAAAUCAUCAUUAUACAAAUUAUUCUGUUUGGGAACAUUUUUUGUUGUCCAUGUUUCUGUUCUAAGGAGGUAUUAUGUUGUAUUAGUAUCAUUGAGGCAACCUAUUGUUAUAGCCUAGUUCGUUCAUUGUAUGUUUUCUAAGUUAAUGUCACUCAUUGUAUGUGAAGAACAGAUUUACCACAAAAUGAAAGACUUUAUUCAACUCUGAGUCCUGAUGUUUCUGAUUCCACAUUGUUGCUGAGAUGCAGAGGAAGCUGCUCUAGAGAUAAACUCUUUACACAUCAGAUCUCCAGUUCAAAUCAUCUUUUGGCUAAAGAAACCAUCAUUAUCCAGCUAUUGAGUUUGAAAGCCUCAAUAGUUUCAGUGGCAAAAUCUUUUUUAAUUAACCCAAAACAUGAUAAAAUUUCAUAUAAAAGUAAAGCUUCAGUUUAGUUUUGAAUAAUGGUUUCAUGCCUUUUAUGAAUUACUGGUUUAACAUAAAUUUUAAGAAAUGUAAUUUAUUAAUACACAUACCAAGAUCAAAAGUUUGAAAAAAAAUCUUAUUUCUUAAACAGUAGUGAGAACAUUAAUCACAUUUAGUAAACAUUUUUACAUUCAAACCUGGGUAUUAAAAUAAGAGAAACAAUUACUUUGAAUCACUGUCAAAUUUCAUGAUUUACAUUUUGAGAUGGAUUCUUUUCUUAAUGUAAUACUUUUGAUAAUUUUUUUAAAGUAAUAUUUGAUCAGAUGAUGUAAGUCAAAAUGCUGACAGUCCUUUAAAAGGACACAUUGUCUGUAAAUGUAGCAGCAGCUCCAAAAUAUUUUUGGACAGUUUGAUAUCUUUUAUAUCUAAAGUAGCCUUACCAGGAAAGUGAAAAUUUAAAAUUAACAAAAGUAUUUUUAAGACUUCAAAAUGACAAAAUAAUUUUUAGCUAAUAAAAUUGGCCUCAGACUAAAAAUGUGUAAAUCAAAAUAAAUAUUAGUUGGACAACAAAUAUCUAAGUGUUCAUUAGACCUGCCUCUUCUCAUCAGUGAUUUAUUUUUAAUUAUAAAAAUUUCAGCAAAUCUUUCCUUAAAGCUUUUGAUUUCUGAAAUUGUUGGAUACUUGAGGAAAUUACAUUUGCCUCUAGAAUUAUAACAAGCCAGCUUUCUAAAAUGCAUCUACUCACGAAGGUAAUAUUUUUUCUAAACGGUGAUCAAAAUGUUUAAUUUGGUACUAAUAUCUCACCAAAGUGUAUU